AUGACAGCGGAGGUUAAGCAAAGGUCAAAAUUGUGGCUUUACUUGAUGGAAAAUAUCAAAGAGGAUAUUUUGCUAGAGUGCGAGCUAGUGCUUUUAUCAUUUGCUACUGGCAUUCAAGAUGCUGCUUCUUGGAUGGAUUAUGGAUGUUUCGCAUCUAAUCAGACUGGGAACAUGCUUUUUCUCGCCAUCGGUGCCGCACAGCCGAAGGCCAUUGAAUAUAGUAUGUCUCACGUGGGCAUGAGUCUUUGGGCAUUUGUUGUAGGUGGAUUGGUCAUGGGACAAAUUGGAAAUUUCUUCGGCGCCCGAAAGCGACUCUGGUUGAUUACGAGCAGUGCUCUUCAGACAGCCCUGGUCUACGCUGCGGCUGCAAUCCAGCACGCUUCCAGUACCCACCAAAAUGGCCCAGCAGCUUUGAGUGUCAUUUUUCUGCUGGCAUUUUCCUCGGGGGCACAAGUCGCCCUCGGUCGGUCUCUAAAAGUGACGGAUAUUACUACUGCGAUGGCUACUGCGGCGUUUGUAGACAUUGCAAUAGAUCCACGCUUGCUGGGCCUCAGGAAUCGCCAAAGGAAUCGACGAGUCAUGUUUCUGCUGAUGUUAAUGGCCGGCUGCAUUGCUGGAACAUUCGUGCAGACUGCGGUGGGCUCUUCGUUUACCAUUCUUCUUUGUGCCAUUGGAAAGACAAUUGUGACCUUUACCUUCCUGUUGAACAGACCAAUCAAAGAAGGUGGUUGA